ACAAUAAAUAUCCUCCUUGUCUCUACUUCUUAUUUUUGUUCUCUCUCUUAUCAUUAUCUUAUGAUCGGUCCUUGUUUUCUGAUACAUCAAAAAGUAGUGAUUGAACUGGGUCAUCGGUGGAACCCCCAAUUCAAUUCCGCAGAAGUACCUCUCGGAAAUCAGAAGCUCAGCCGGGAAGGAAUAAAUAAGAAGUCUAAACAACAAAUUUCAGGUGAAGAGAAUUGCAGAAGAGACGACAAGCUUCGACCUUUGGGAGAAAGAUACAGAAAUUAUGAUUUGGUGCAUGCGUUUCUGGGUAAAAGCUGGAUGAUCAGAUACUUUUAAAAGAGAAAGUAUGAGAGAAAACUGUCUUCCAUGGAAGCUAAUAGAGAAGGGACCUUCAAGGACUAUUUUGAUCUUCCUCCUCCUAUUUGCUGCUGGCUUUAUUUGUUCUCACUGGAUCGACUCUUCCAUCGGUGGUGCAACACUGAAAGGUUUUCUCAACUCAAAUAAGAAUCAAGAAAUUAAACUUGAUUGUUCCACACUAAACAUAAGAAAGACCUGCCCAGUUAUCUCUCCGGUGAGGUUUCAAGCCACAGAUGAUCGGAACAGAUCAUGCCCAGAUUAUUUCCGGUGGAUCCAUGAAGAUUUACGGCCAUGGAAGACCACAGGAAUCACAACAGAGAUGAUAGAGAGAGCCAAGAGUAAGGCUCAUUUCCGGUUGGUGAUAGUGAAUGGAAGGGUUUAUGUUGAGAAGUACAGAAAUUCGUUUCAAACUAGAGAUGUUUUUACGUUGUGGGGGAUCCUUCAAUUACAGAAGAAGUAUCCGGGGAGGUUGCCGGACUUGGAGUUGAUGUUCAACUGCGGUGACCGGCCGGCGAUCGUAUCAAAUGAUUACCCGCAGCGGCCAAACGCCACAGCUCCGCCACCGUUGUUUCAAUACUGCGGGAAUGAUUCGUCAUUGGCUAUCGUCUUCCCUGACUGGUCCUUCUGGGGUUGGCCAGAGAUUAACAUAAAGCCAUGGGAACCUUUGUCGAAGGAAUUGAGAGAAGCUAACAAGAAAACCAGAUGGAUUCAAAGGGAACCUUAUGCUUUUUGGAAAGGUAAUCCUUAUACAUCUCAAAGCAGGAAAGAUCUCAUGAAUUGCAAUCCAACAGACCAGCACGAUUGGAAAGUUCGCGCUUACAACCAGGACUGGAAAAGAGAGGUUGAACAAGGUUUUAGACAAUCAGAUCUAGCGAAACAAUGCAAUCACAGAUAUAAGAUAUUCGUGGAAGGAAGAGGAUGGUCUGUAAGCCAGAAAUAUAUUAUGGCUUGUAAUUCCAUGACUUUGUUCGUAAAGCCUCAAUACUAUGACUUCACCACAAGAAGCUUAGUACCUAUGUAUCACUACUGGCCUAUAAAGGGAGACAAUUUGUGCAGACGUAUUAAGUUCGCAGUCGACUGGGGAAACAUUUACAAGCAAGAGGCACAAGGCAUAGGAAGGGCAGCAAGCAAUUUCAUAGAGGAGGAGCUAAAGAUGGAUUAUGUGUAUGAUUACAUGUUUAAUUUACUAAAUGAAUAUGCUAAGCUCUUGAAAUAUAAGCCUACUAUACCUAAAGGUGCCAUUGAAUUUUGUUCGGAGACAAUGGCUUGCCCUGCAAAUGGGUUGAUGAAGAAGUUCAUGAUGGAUUCCAUGGUUAAUUUUCCUGCAGAUACAAGCCCAUGUACCAUUCCACCUCCCUUUGAUCCUCCUUCUCUUCAAGCUUUUCUUAAAGAAAAAGAGGAAACAUUAAAGCAAGUGGAGGCAAUGGAGAACAAAUCUUAGAGGCUUGAACCUCAUUCAAGGUCAAUAGUCUCUCUCUUCUUUUUUUUUUUUUUACACACGAAUUUCUUUUAUUGCAAAAUGGUGUAAUAAAGGUCUUGUACUAGAAUAAUGAUUAGAGAGGGAAAGAUGUAAAUUACAAACUCUGAAAAUAAUAGUGGAAAUUUCAAAGAAUGAUUCCAAUCCAA